AUGCUAAAUUGAAUAAAGAAAAUGAAGGAAACUACUACAUCAAUCGUCAAGAGCAUUUUAAAGUGCUCAGCAAGAACUAUACCUUUUUUUAGAUGCAUGAAGUUCUUGGAAGAAAUUUCUAAUAAUUUUUUUGGGAUAUCAAGGGGUCAUUACACUGGUGGAAUAGGCUUCAACAUGGAGCAGUCUAAUAUGAAAAAAAAUGUGAAUGAUUGAUGAAUGGUACCAAUCGGUCAAUUUACAAGUGAGAGCAGAGAGUUCGCAAUACUUUCAUUCUGAACGAUUUCAAUCUUAUUGAAUAUUUACUUGAUCCAAGUAUACAGCCCAUAUUUAAAAAAUUUCCGAAAAUACCCAAAAAAGCAUUUGAAGCCUUCUGCAGGAAACUAA